AUGGACGAAUAUACUCUUGGAUCCUCAUACUACCACCAUCCUCCGAACGGAAGGAGAAGAAAAGUGAUCGUAAUAUCAACAAUCGUUGCCUCUGUUUUGAUAUUUUUAUCCGUAUUUCUUACAUUGUUCUACAUUUAUUACCUUAAAGGUUACAUUGCACAAAAAUUAAGGGAUAAAGCUUAUGCAGAAUUUGCAGCCCAUUUGGAUAUCAAGGAAUCCGGAUUCCUAAAUAACAGAUUUAUAUACAACAAGUUGAAGUACUACGCUAUAAAUAAAGAUAUUGAAAUCAUUGAGAGCAAAACUAAAAGUUGUAGCGUUGAUGGUUGUAAAUCAACCUACAAAUACGUACAUGAUUGGAAGCUUAGAGUGAUAUCGAAAAUGUUAGAGGGAAAGGACUCAAUAAAUUUAAAUAAAGAGUUUGAAGCUAUAAUGAAACACAAUGAAAUGGUGGAUAAGUAUGACAUAUCUUACAAAAAUAAAGAUGAUUUUAAAAAAAGGUACACCAUUUUCAGAACGAAUUGGGAAAAAAUAGAGAAGCAUAAUAAAGAUCCAAAUAGAUUGUACGACAUGGAAUAUAACUGGUUUGCAGAAACGUCAGAUGAUGAAGAGAAACUAUCCACAGUAAAAAGUAAAAAAAGUAAAGAAAUUUUAUCAAGCUCAGCUGGAGGAGCUGAAGACUUAAGUAACCAAGAUAUACACAUAGACUGGAGAAAGAGAGGGGCUGUUUCAGAAGUUAUAGCUCAAGGAAGGUGUGGCUCCUGCUGGGCUAUAGCAGCCACAGAUAUGUUUACUUCAUUCAACGCGAUUAAAAAGGACAAACUAGUUGCGUUUAGCUAUCAGCAAACCCUGGAUUGCUCCCUAAGUGCGUUUGAUUGCAGCGGAGGAAGCCACAGACUGGCAUUAGAGUACAUAAAGGAUAGUAAGAUGUGUACAGAAACAAGCUACAAAUAUAAAGAAAAAAAGGGCAAAUGUGACACAAAAGGUUGUGAAACAGAAUCGGGGGUUAAGGAUAUAAAACAUUUAACAAGAGAUACGGCUCUGGAAUUCCUGAAAACAAAUGGACCCUUUGUGACUUCAAUGAACACUAACAUGGAUUUCAAACUUUAUGGAAAGGGCAUAUUUAAUUCAGACUGUGGAAAAAGUUACGGACAUUCAGUACUUGUGGUUGGCCAUGGGUACGACAAAGAAAAAAAAGUAAACUAUUGGAUCGUUAAGAACUCUUGGGGGAAGGACUGGGGAGAGGAUGGGUAUUUCAGGAUGCUCGAUUUACCAAAAAAACUUGAACAUCACACUGAAGAUCACUGCGACUUUCUAUUAUCGGCAUUUGGAAUGGUGUAA